AUGCACUUGAAGCUGUGCAUGACAUCCUUCAUCUUUCAGACUCUUCUACACUCUAUCCUCGCUCUUGUCCUAUACCAGGACACUGGCUCGUAUUCCCCGUCACUACUGACCAAGUGGUGGAUCUGGGGCUGCGUCGCCACGGUGGCGGCCGUCAUCUUGGUCUUGGGCAGCACUUACAUCCUACGACAAGGAGCCUAUGAGCUCUUCCUCAUCUCACACAUUGUCAUGGCCGUUAUAUGCGUGGUCGGUUGCUGGUAUCACGUGUACAUUGGGUACGAGAAUACCUUUGGCUACGAAACCUGGCUCUACGCCACUAUUGGGGUUUGGUUUUUCGAUCGAUUGGUUCGACUGGCUCGCGUCUUGAAAGGCGGUUUCCGACACUCCAUUGUGACCGAGAUCAGUCCCACGAUUGUCCGUCUCGACAUACCGAGCAUCCGGUGGGCCGCACCGGGGCACUGCGUCUAUGUCUACUUUCCCACGCUGAAUCCUCUCAAGCCUUGGGAGAACCACCCUUUCUCCAUGGUCCAAACCGCGGCGCUCGCUCGGCAAAAGCACAAUGUUAGUCAAUCGGCAACAGACUUUCGCGACUCCAAAGACGACACAGUACAGACCAGGUCAGCCGCCGUGGCUCAUGGCAGUCCCUACACCACUGCAGGAGUAACACUGUUUGUCCGUAAGACCGAAGGCAUGACAAAGUCCAUCAAGCCGCAUCAUGGACUUUUGACUUUGGUCGAAGGGCCAUACCCCACCAACCAUAUUAAGUCGGUCCUACAGAGUGACCGACUACUAUUGGUGGGAGGUGGUAUAGGCAUCACCGGGCUCCUGCCCUUUGUGACGCGUUACCCAAACGUGAAGCUUCUCUACAGCAUAAAGGCGGCGGAUCAACCCUUUUUGGAUGUCCUCGGGCCCUUAUUGGAUGUAGGGCAAGAGAAGGAGAUCGUGGUUGGGCGCAGGUUGAAUCUGGAUGCGCUGCUACAAGACGAGGCCGAGACAGGGUGGUCCAAGAUAGCCGUGUUGGUGUGCGGGCCAACGGGUAUGUGUAACGACAUCAGGACAAUCGUCUCCAGAUUGAGCAGAGAGAAAGCCAAUGCUUGCACCUUCGAGCUGGAAGUUGACGCUUUAGCUUGGUAA